AUAAUAUACCGGCUCAAUCUUUUAGAGUUGCUCGUAAGGACAGUAUGUUCGUGUAUGUUAUAGAAGUGAGUGCGCGUGCGUAUGUACUAUAAGACUAGAAAAACUGACGCACUCACGGGUCGCAACACCAGAAACAAAAAAUACUUGUACAACCAAAAGAAAACAAAAACACGAACACAAAAUCACAGCGCGAUGGCAAACGACGAGCGCGGCGCCGGCGAGCGUGGAGCGGCGGAGGACAGCGUCGUGUGGAGGGAGGAGGCGGGGAAGUUCGAGACGCCCGACGGCGAGGCCUUCCUCCGGUACCGCCUCGUCGCCCAGCCGCGCGCCUCCUCCGGCCGCGGCGGCGCGUCCCCGGCGGCGAUGAACAUGGUGCACACGUACGUGCCCGGGAGCAAGCGCGGGCAGGGGCUCGCCGCGCGCCUGUGCGACGCCGCCUUCGCCCACGCGCGGCGCCACGGCAUGCGCGUCAUCCCCACCUGCUCCUACAUCUCGGACACGUACCUCCCUCGCAAUCCGGCGUGGAACGAUCUUGUCUACAAGGCUGACGAGCCCAAACGCAGCAGCACCAGCAGUAGCAUGUAGAACAAGUAAAUCCUGUGCUCACCUCAAAAGCUGUGGGUGUGCACAACUGCUAUGUUAGUGUAUCACUGAAUAAUCAGUUGCCCAAUUGAUCAACCAUGGCGACGCGCCCCUUGUAAGCCCUACGUCGCUGCGACUAUUGAGCUUAAGAUUCAUGGCAUUCAUGUAAAA